AUGCUUUGCCAUGAAGCUGUUCGACAACUCAUUCGCCAUGGCAUCACACGGGUUCAUGCCGAUCUCUUUCAAAGAUACCUCAACUACCUCGGAGAAGAAAAUGUGAAUGGCAAGACGCGAAUGCAAGUGCAAUAUGAGGAUCUCUGCGAGUGCCGCCAUAAUCCAGUUUGUAGCCCUCCAACAGAAUAUAUCACCUUACCGGUAGGUUGUUUUCGUUUAUCAGCUUUCUCUUCCUAAUU